AUGUGUGCUUUCUGUCCCCGACAGGGUCCCCGGUGGCACAUCGACCUCCAGCCCUGGGCAGGCCCCUCGCAGUCCCUGGAUGAGGAAGCCGUGAGGUUCCUGAGAUACAUCAGCACCCCUCAGAUCGCAUGUGAUCACAUGAGUACAGAUAGUCUGGUGACUGACUCCAGCCCCGUCCAGAAGCCCUGGUCAGUCUGUCUCGAUGAUCGGUUUGGCUUGGCUCAUCAAAUUCGCAGCAAGAAGUGUCGCCUGUACUCUUUGGGGCUGGGGAGUGAGGACACUCAUUUUGAGGUGAGCAUGGCCAAUGGUGGGUGUGAAGUACACCGUUUUGACCCCAGUGUCAGAUCAGCUCACGUUCUGGAGAGCCAGCGCCUGUGGCACCACCGACUGUCCAUCGACUGGCGAGACCCCCACCCAGCUGUUGCUGCCCAAAAACCCCACAGCAGCACCAGAAAGCUGGGGACCAUCUUGAAUGACUUCGGGCAUCACAAGAUUGAUGUUCUCAAGGCAGACCUGGAAAGCGCAGAAUGGAAAGUUUUGGAAAACCUCAUCCUGGACGACGUCCUUGAGCAGAUUGGCCAGCUGGUGUUCGAGAUCCACCUGCACUGGCCCGGGUUCGAGGUCAGUGGCAGCGACAGCAGUGCCGUGCGGUUCUGGUACAGUCUCCUCAAAGAACUGGAGCAGAAGGACUUCAGGCUUUUCCACAGUUACAAAGACGCAUCGAAGCCGCAGCUCUUCCUGAAGAGAGACACCUUCAAUGCCAGCAGCUGUUAUACUCUGAGCUGGGUGAACACAAGAUGGAAAUAGCGUGUGGGAUCGCAUCAAGACCCUCAGGGAGUACUUGCAGCAUCAGCAUGUCCACGAUUCGGAUGGUUCACUUGUCUGGUUCUUCUCGAAGUGGGGAUGGUGGUAUUGCCCUGUGUGUGUGUGGCCAGGUGCCUGGCUGGUGGGAAGAGCACAGCCAAUACCAAGGAUUUUCUUGGUACAGCGAGUCCACCUUCAUCCACCCGGACGUGGGCUCUUUGCCUUUGGCAGAGUCGAGAUGCCUGCCCUCCUCCUCGGUACCGUGUAACUAGCUGUACAUCAAAGGUCAUGUAGGAUGGGUAUGACCUCUGCCUUUGGAUGUGACACUUCAAAUGUUCCUAGAAAAAUUGCCCCCGAGUUUGGGUAAUUAUAAAUGAACAGAAAUGAUGCAGAUCAAACACGUGUUGAAAACUUGCACCCCUGAUAUCUGGUGGCGUAUUUUUAAUGUUUGCUGUAAAAGCCACGGUGGGCUUGCCUGCGGUGAACCCAAUUAAAUGGAGAUCCCUAGGGGAGCCGAGCUUCCUGUUUAGGAAGGUUUGUACUUCAGCUCAUUUCCAUGUCUCCCUUACAUUUAUUGUGCGUCUAUAAUCCACGAAUUCACCCUCAUUAAAAAUAAAGUGUGCAUUUUCA